AUGGAUCUUAAUUCUUUAAAUGCCAAGUUUAAGAAGGUGGCCGGGGGAGCAUCCACUGUGUUUAAUAGGGCAGUUCAGUUCACAGAGGAGAAGCUGGGCACGGCUGAGAAAACUGAGUUAGAUGCUCACUUUGAGAACUUGAUGCAGCGGUCAGAUAAGACCAGACUGUGGACAGAGACACUGGUCAAGCAUACAGACACUUUACUGCAGCCCAAUCCUAAUCAACGCAUGGAAGACCUGCUGUAUACAAAAUUAGACAAGAAGAAGAAGGAUAGAAUCACUCAGUAUGAGAUUCUAGGAAAUGCCAUGGUUGAUGCUGGUAAUGACUUUGGACCAGGAACUGCGUAUGGUAACGCACUUGUCAAGUGUGGCCAGGCACAGAUACAAAUAGGAAACGCAGAGAGAGAUUUCAUCACCACCACAGCCAAUAAUUUUCUUCAACCUCUGACCAACUUCCUAGAGGGUGACAUGAAAACUAUUUUGAAAGAGAAGAAGAUUCUAGAAACUAAGCGCCUGGAUCUUGAUGCCUGCAAAAGCCGACUGAGAAAGGCCAAAUCUGCAGGCUCUCAAAGCCAGGCUGAAGCUGACCUACGAGUGGCGCAGUCGGAGUUCGACCGUCAGGCAGAAAUUACUAAAAUCUUGCUGGACGGCAUCAACAGCACCCACGCCCAUCAUCUUCGUUGUUUGAAUGACUUCAUUGAAGCACAGUUGACGUUCUUCGCCCAGGGCCAGCAGUAUAUGACGGACCUGCAGAAGCAGCUCGGAAGUUACACUGUGAGCGCCAGACCCUCUUCCAACAACAAUACCCCCACUUCAAGCAGUCUUCCUACUCCCUUAGAGCCCUCUGCCCAACCCUCCAUUGAGGUCACAGCCCCAACUCCCACAGAGAAACGCCAGGCCAAGGCAUUGUAUGAUUAUGAUGCUGCUGAUAGUACAGAGUUAUCUCUUCUUGCUGACGAGUUAAUUAUGGUGUACAAAGUUCAAGGUCUGGAUCCCGACUGGCUGAUGGCAGAGAGAGGAUCACAACGAGGCAAGGUUCCGGUCACAUACCUGAAAGUCUUGGAAUGA